AUGAUCAGCACAAAGAAACUGCUCAAGAUUGCAAGAAAAUGGCGGAGAGUAGCAGCCAUGAGUAGGAAGAGGAUCACAUUUCCGAAAGUUGGUGGACACAAGGAACUGCAGCUCGCUGAUAGAAGCCACUGUGCUGUCUACACAGUCGACCAAAAGCGGUUCGUGUUUCCGAUACAGUACUUGAACAAUUGCGUCAUUCAGGAGCUACUCAGAUUAUCCGAGAAAGAGUUUGGACUGCCGAGGGACGGACCCAUCACUUUGCCAUGUGAUGCAGCGUUCAUGGAUUAUAUAGUUUCGAUGAUCCAGCGGCAUAUUAAUGCAGAAAUCGAGAAAGCUCUCAUCCUGUCUAUCGCAACCAAUACAUGCUCAUCAGCUUACUCUCUCCAGCAUAGUCAGACCGUGCAACAAUUGCUUGUCUGUAGCCAUUGA